AUGGCUCCUUUCUUUGCCUCUAUCAUCUAUGCCGCGUUCAAGUUCCAUCGACCCGGGCUCGAUACCAUCCUUCCCAUCGCUUUCUAUGACUACUGUCAGCUCCCAUGGACUUCCGCCUACACCACGCCUGGACCUUUGAAUCCUGGAACGGUGUGGAAGGCUGUUCUAUGGAGGUUCUGA